AUGAUUCCCCAUCUUGUGUGCCUCCUCAGCCUGCACAGCCUGUGCUGCCCACCAAACCUUGUGCAUGCUCCUAAACCCACAGGCAAGGGUGAAAUGAGCAAAGUGAUCCAGCAAGUGAAAGUAGUCAACCUUCUGAUUCAAAAUGAAGUUGAGAUGGGCAACUUGCAAGAUGACAAUGGGGUGGAUGACUCAGAGGGUAUUGAUUGGCCUGCAUCAGACUGUGAAGAACAUUCCCAGGCUGUGCAGUCUACUUAUUUGACCCAGGUCACCAACACUCCAAGUACCAUGAGCAAGGUGCUGAUCAAGCAGCACUGUCACAUCAAGGAAUUGCCCAAGUCCUGCAACCAAUUGGACUAUCUGGGACUUCUCUUGAACAUUCAAAUGGCCUUUGAUCCUCAGGCACAGGCUGAGCGCACCAUCUUCCAGAGCAAGAUCACCACUCUCCAAGCUCAGCUGCAUGACAAGCAGCAGGAGCUUGUUGACAUCUCCCAGGAUAAAGACAAGAUCAUCAAAGGGCUUCAUGUGCAGCUCCUGGAGGAUGUGCGUGCCCACCUUGGUGUCCAGCAUGAACUUGAUAUGACCAAGGCAAGGCUGGAGUACCAAGAGCAGGUGAGGACCAUGAUGAUGGGUAUGGGUAAUAUGGGCACAUGGUUUGUGCAGUCUAUGAAUGGCCCUCCCCAUCCAGAGGCUGCACAGCCUUGA